GAUUUAUAAAGUAUUAAAAUGUGUGCAUACCGUUGCAAAAUAGGGCCUUCAAUCUUAAACAGUGAUUUGGCUUGCCUCGGAGCCGAGUGCAAACGCAUGUUGGAAUGUGGGGCAGAUUAUUUGCAUCUUGAUGUGAUGGACGGACAUUUUGUGCCAAAUAUCACGUUCGGGCAUCCUGUUGUGCAAUGUAUAAGGAAAAGCAUCGGUGAGGGCCCUAUAUGUGAAGUACAUAUGAUGGUAUCACGCCCCGAUCAAUGGGUGAAAGCUAUGUCGGAAUCAGGUGCGAAUAUUUAUACAUUUCACUUGGAGGCAUCUGAUAACCCACAGCAGUUGAUCAAGGAGAUUCGUGAAGAAGGAAUGAAAGCUGGCUGUGCCAUCAAACCCGCAACUCCGGUUUCAAAACUCAUCGAUUUACUUCAUACGCAGAUGGCUGAUGUGGCGCUAGUAAUGACUGUGGAACCUGGGUUUGGUGGUCAAUCUUUUAUGAGGCCUAUGAUGGAAAAGGUUCGUGAGCUAAGGAAGGCAUAUCCUCACCUAGAUAUUGGUGUUGACGGUGGGGUUGGUCCUUCGUCCAUUCACCAUUGUGCAGAGGCAGGAGCAAACAUGAUAGUAUCUGGAUCAGCCAUCAUGCGAAGUAACAAUCCGUGUAAAGUAAUCUCAGAUCUUAGGGGCGUUGUACAAGAAGUUAUACAACAGACGAGCCUUGAACGGUGACCUUUGCCAUCAUAAACUUGCCGGAAAGGCGAUACAAUAGUAAAAGCUAUUCUGCGAUGGUCAGACUAUAGUUUUUAAAAAGUUCAUUUUUUAGGAAAUUUUGGUGUUUAUGCAAAUUAGACGAAAAUAAUUUUUUAAAUUGCUAUAAAUCGCAUACCUGAUUGUUUACAAGUUUCGUAGGAUUCAUGAUACAGUUAUCACAUGCAUUCAUAAAUGAUAACGUUUGUUUUCUCGCAACUCUUCACGAGAUCUACUGAUCGAAAUUUAGUUUCCAGUGUUUCAAUAAAUGUUUCAACGCGAUCA